AAAAAGCGCAGUAACUAACCCCGGGUUGGGGUUGGGGUUGGUUAGAUUAGCCCCGGUUAAAUAUGUCUUUGGCUUUUCUUGCAAUGGCAAAUCCUGUUCGGCUGGCUGUCGCUAUAUUUAUAGCAGUUUCAUGGGUAAGCAAAUGCUAAAGCAAAGGCUGCGGUAGACAGAAAAUUUUUCCAAGGGGAAGGGAAAAAUGGUUUGCUGUAGGUAGGAGUAGAGAUUUUGUUAAUGCAGGGAGUAGAUCUUUCCUGCAGAGUUUAGAAAUGGGUUCGCUAGGCUGGUCUUUCUUCAGCGAUGAGUCUGCUUCAUCGAUUUCGGAGAAUGGCGGAUUUGGGAUGGGGGAUGGGAAUUAUUGUUCUGAAGGUCCUGUGUUCGAGUCCUGCGGUAUUGAUUUCUCUUCUUCUUUGAAUGGUCUGGUUCAAGGGUCGUGUUCGAGCCCGAGGCUCGAGGAUUUGAUCGGGGCGCUGCAGAAGUAUCUUCCCUCGAAUAAUGAAGAUGAAGAAGGGUCUUUGCCGUCUGCUGAUGCUUAUGCUUGUGAUGAAUUUAGAAUGUAUGAGUUUAAGGUGAGGAGGUGCAUGAGGGGGAGGAGCCAUGACUGGACUGAGUGUCCCUUUGCUCACCCUGGUGAGAAGGCACGGCGGAGAGACCCCCGGCGGUUUCAUUAUUCCGGCACGGCGUGCCCUGAUUUCAGAAAGGGGAGCUGUAGGAGGGGAGAUACCUGUGAAUUUGCUCAUGGCGUGUUUGAAUGCUGGCUUCACCCUGCUCGUUACAGAACCCAGCCGUGUAAGGAUGGCCGGAAUUGUAAGCGCAGGGUUUGUUUCUUUGCUCAUACGCCUGAGCAGCUCCGUUUGUUGCCCUCCAUUUCGUCUCCGCAGGCGACUGGAGGUGCGUCCAGGAGUGCUCUUGCUCUGGCUCUGCAUGCUUCGGCUGUGAAGAAUUCUCUGUCUGCGUCUUAUGACGGUUCUCCGCGGCGUCAGCUUUUGGACGGGCUGGUCGACAGUUCGAAUCACGCUGGUGACUCUGGUUCGCAUUAUUUUUCAAAAGCCGUGCUUUCCUCACCUACCUCGACUCUCGUCGGGCAUUCAGAGUCUCCUCCGCCAUUGUCGCCACCGCUUUCUCCUUCCGUUUCACCGCCAGAGUCGCCAAACGCCUGGCUUAAUUCUGUCAAUUCUUUGAACUCUGUUUCCUUCAAUAGUCGUGCUCUUAAAGGGUUUCAGAAGCCUGUCCUUUCGCCUUCUGCGCUUGCACAGGUUCAACCCUCGCCCGGGACUGUGUCCUUUGUCCAGGGUUCGAGUACCCGGCGUCAUCAUCUUGACAGGGUAGCUUCCAUGCCGGCGAUUACCUUACCCUCGUCUGGUACGAGACAUGCUGUUCUUUCCGGGCCGUCGUCUCCUGUGGCUCAGAGUACCAAGUCCAUGGUGGAGCUGAUUAAUUCUUUGCAAAAUUUAGAGCUAAAUUCAUGGCAGCCGACGCAGAUGCCAGGCAACGGCUGCCACGGCUCCCCUCGGGGUUCGAACCUGCGACAUUGCGUAUCCAGCAGCGUUUCUUGUACCCCUAAAUCAAAUCACAAUGACCUUCUGGCGGAUUUCCGGUCAAGUUACAGCGAAAAUGUAAACGAGCUCGUGCAAGGGUAUGCCGACAAUUUAGUGGAAGUUAAAUCAACUUACGGCGACAAUAUGGCGGUCCCUUAUGAAGAACCUGUACAGAGGGUCGAGUCCGGCAGGGACCUGCGGGCAAAGAUAUAUGGUAAACUGAACAAGCAGAAUCACCAAGAGCACCUUCCUGCUGAAGCGUCGCCAGAUUUGGGCUGGGUUAAUGAGCUUGUCAAGUAGGUCUUGAAAAUUUGUAGUUAUUCUGCUAAAUUUAGCUGAGGUACGAGAAUUUGAAACUUUAAUUUUCUGUUUGCGGGGGUUUUAAUGGUGGGGACCUGAAAAAAAAACUACAGAGAUCUUCUACAUUUUGCCCUUUAUUCAAAGUUCUGACUGAUUCCUUUUGCGAAGGGGAUAGUGAUGAUGAUUAUGAUGAUGAUGAUAAAUAUUUGUACAGAGAUGUGUGCAUGGUAAACAUUUUCGAGGUAACAGAAAGACCUCUGCUCGAGGUGUAGUGAAACACAACAAUUGAACGCAGUUGCAAGUUUUUUUUUUUUGGUCUGCAGUGCCAUGAAUUUUGGCGGAGCGAUCUUAUGUGGACUUUCCCUGCACAGCCAGGUGAAAUCAAAACAUACAAACAUUUGGCCGAGAGUUCGGUAUAUAAUUUUUUUUUGUAUUGAUGAGCUGAAAAAGAAAGCUCAUAUAUUAUUAUUGUUGUUUAGGGAUUUAGUAAUAUCAUGGAAACCAGGUCAUAUAUCGUCGAAUGUAAAUAUAAGACGAAAAUUAGCUUUAGCUUAGUAUGCAAUUAGGCAAUUGAUCCUUAUCUAGUAAUUGUAAUUAUGCUGUGUGUAUAAGCACAAGUCAAGCAUCAGCAGCAGCAGCAGCCGUAGCAUAGCAUGGUACAUAACCACUAUUGUAUGCUAUUCUAUUGUGCAUAACAAGGCCAAUUACUUUGAAUUUUAAUGUAAUUCCUGUCACCUAUUAUUAUCUUA